AUGAUUCGUGAUCGACUUCCAUCCAAGGCUGGAGCAAGAGUCUCAGUGCUGAAAGGAACUGAGAAGCUGUCGUUGAAAAAGACUUUGUCCGAAGAAGGCCUUGUUGAAGGAGGAUCAGCAUUUUUGUCCUACGCUUACGAGGCAGCAAAUCUGCAGGAGGCUUGGACAUGCAUCAAAGGUCUCCCAGUGGAGGAUGAGUCAAUGGCCCUGGAGGGAAUCCAAGAAGUAGAAGGUCUCGAUGAACCAACUCAACUGAGGAACCUUGUCAGCAUCAAGAGCCUUUCGUUUGGCAAUAUGUUUAACCAGACUCUCAAAGGGGUGGCUUGGCCCAGCACUCUCGAGAGCCUUCAUAUUGGAAACUGGUUCAAUAAGAGUCUGGAGGGAGCAGCUUGGCCCAACACGCUUCAGAGCCUUUCCCUUGGCUUUGAUUUCAAUCAAACUCUGGAGGGAGUGAUUUAG